AUGGAAAGAGAAAACCAAACCGCUCUGUUGGAAUUCAUCGUCUUGGGAUUCUCCAACCUAAAAGAUUUGCAAUUUUUACUCUUCUGCGUAUUUCUUAUGAUCUAUCUCUGUACACUAGGAGGAAAUAUCUUCAUUAUUUUGGUAACCUUGGCUGAUCCUCGAUUACAUAUUCCUAUGUAUUUUUUCCUGAGGAAUUUAGCCUGUCUUGAUAUCUGCUACACCACCACCAAUGUGCCCCAGAUGAUGGUGCACCUCCUUUCUGAGAAGAAAAGCAUUUCCUAUGGGGGCUGUGUGACUCAACUUUUUGCAUUCCUUUUCUUUGUAGGGGUAGAGUGUCUUUUGCUGGCAGCAAUGGCAUAUGACCGUUACACUGCAAUCUGCAAACCCUUAAGGUAUUCAGUUAUUAUGAAUAAGGCUCUGUAUAGCCAGUUAGCAGCUUCAUGCUGGGUUAGUGGUUUGCUUAACUCAGUGGUGCACACAGUGUUGACAUUCCGCCUGCCCUUCUGCGGCAACAACCAGAUUAAUUAUUUCUUCUGUGACAUCCCCCCUUUGUUGAUCUUGUCUUGUGGGGACACUUCUGUCAAUGAGUUUGUGUUACUCUUUAUUGGAGUCUUCAUUGGAUGGGCUCCUUUCCUGGGCAUCAUACUUUCCUACAUCUAUAUUAUCUCUACCAUCUUGAGCAUCCGUUCUUCAGAGGGAAGACACAAAGCCUUUUCUACUUGUGCCUCCCACCUAGUCAUUGUCCUUCUCUACUAUGGCAGCUCUAUAUUCACAUAUGUACGGCCCAUCUCAUCUUACUCAUUGUCAAAAGACCGGCUGAUCUCAGUACUGUAUAGUGUUGUCACUCCCAUGCUAAACCCCAUUAUUUACACUUUAAGGAAUAACGACAUCAGAAAUGCCCUGAAAACUGUGAGAGUAAGAGUAGCAGCCUUCAAAUUUCAUUUCUCUUGA